AUGGCGUCAGCUGCUACUCUAGUCCAGCCCACUGGUGAGAUGUGGAAAAAGAUUCGAGUGGAACUCAACGAGGAUGUCAAUACUCGGGAUAAAGACUUGGCAGCAAUCAAAGAAUGGCUUCGAAAACAACCGCACCUUCCCGACUCCUGGGAUGAUGGCCGAACAAUGACUUUUCUUAGAGGCUGCAGCUUCUCUUUAGAAAAAUGCAAAAGAAAAUUAGACAUGUACUUCACAAUGAGAGCGGCUUGUCCAGAAUUUUUCCAGGAUAGAGAUGUUAGUAGGCCGGAGCUAGCAAAUUUGGUUACUAAAGUGCAAGGAGCUCCGUUGCCUGGUUUAACUCCGAACGGUAGACGAGUAACAGUAUGCCGUGGUCUAGACAAGAAUAUAGACGCGGAUGAGUUGAACAACGUUUUCAAAGUCGCUCUUAUGAUAGGAGAUGUUCGUCUGAAAGAGGAAUUAGAAGGAGUCGGUGGUGACAUAUACAUCUUAGACGCAUCAGUUGUGUCUCCAAGCCAUUUAGCUAAGUUGUCACCUUCAGCGAUAAAGAAGUUUCUAAUAUGUGUGCAGGAGGCGUAUCCAGUCAAGUUAAAAGAAGUACAUGUCGUAAAUACAUCACCCAUAAUCGAAACCUUAAUAAACUUUAUUAAGCCAUUCCUUAAGGAUAAAAUUAAAAACAGGAUAUUUAUUCACUCUGAUAUAAACACGAUAUACGAUCACGUGCCAAAGGAUAUGCUUCCAGAAGAAUAUGGCGGGAAUGGUGGUUCAUUAGAUGAAGUUAAUAGGGAAUGGAUGAAAAAAUUAGCUGAUUACACCCAGUGGUUCAAAGAACAGGAGUCUGUGAAAGCCAACGAAGCAUUAAGACUUGGGAAACCGACCAAUUACGAUGAGCUCUUCGGUAUCGAUGGAUCGUUCAGACAAUUGUCUAUUGAUUAA